GUAUAUUUAAUCGAAGGUUUCGAGGUUUUGCCCGGGGUGCGGGCCCUGGUACUAAUCUAGCUGAGAUCUCCGGAUAGCAACCCCGCUUCUUGUUACUGGACAGUGCCUGAGUCUAAAUGAACCCCCCGGCUGGCCACGUUCCUCUCCCCGAUUGUCCACGCUGCCCCGGCGAGCGACCCGCGGAUACCCCGUGUCCGGGAAGGGAGCAGCUUCAUCCCGCUCACACUAACGAAUCCUGAGAGAUUUCAGCGGCUUUUGUCCCAGUUCUGCCAGCUUUUGGCCCUGGCCACAGCAACCCGUGACUGCCCCUCAUGCUGCACUUUUACCCUGGGCGUCCCACUUGGCACCGGCCUUGCUGUGCUCAGCUUUCCCCGGCCGUUAUCGGACAGUUCUGUGUACCCGGCGGAGUUGGACUUUUGUGAGUUUGCAGCGAGCGGAGGACGGGGCACAGCUCAUCCUGCUCGCUGGCCUGAGCGAACGCCCUGGCAUACUUCAGACCCCCCCAGCUCCGAGCGCCGGCCCCUGCACCCUCCUUGCCUCGCCUCGCUUUCCAGGGGGGCGGAACAAGAGAUGCCAAGUUCAAAGCAGGCGUCGUUUGCCGACUGGAAGGAAGAAGCCGCUGGUGGGUUAUGGUGAAGCAUGCAUCGGCUGGGGAGAUCUGUCCACGCACACCUCCCCGGCACCAGAGGCUUUCACAAUGUUGACAAACAAGAAGAUAAUUAGUGGGCAUGUGACUGAUGGAUUAGAGAAGUGUUUGCCCGGGGCCGUUAUGCAAUGCAGGAGGCAGGGCCAAACCCGACUUGGAGUAAAUAUAUACGAGGGCAGUCCAGGCUGGCUAACCGCACUGGGGAAGUGACUCCACACACCAUGGAGCUGGCUGGAGCCAUCACCAUCUUCCUGGGCAUCUACGUGUCCUGCCUCCUCGUCAUCUCCGCCUGGAGAAAGCAGUCGCGUUACAGGAACCUGCCCCCCGGGCCCACUCCCCUCCCGCUGAUCGGGAACUUCCUGCAGAUGAAGGUGGGAGAAACCCUAAAAUCACUGGAGAAGCUGAGUGAGAAGUACGGCCCGGUGUUCACCGUCUAUUUCGGGUCCAAGCCCAUCGUGGUGCUGUGCGGGCAUGAGGCAGUGAAGGAAGCGCUGGUGGACCAGGCCGAGGAGUUUAGCGGGAGAGCCCACAUGCCGACUGUUGAGAAGAACUUUCACGGCUUUGGGGUGGUUUUUGCCAACGGGGAGCGGUGGCGGCAGCUGCGCCGGUUCUCCCUCACCGUCCUGCGGAACUUCGGCAUGGGGAAGAAAAGCAUCGAGGAGCGGAUCCAGGAGGAGGCCCAGUUCCUGCUGGAAUCCUUUCGAAAUACAAAAGCGGAACCUUUUGACCCGACCUUCUUCCUGAGCCGGGCCGUCUCCAACGUCAUCUGCUCCAUCGUCUUUGGCGACCGCUUCGACUACGAAGACAAAGAGUUCCUGUCCUUGCUGCAGAUGAUGAACGAAAGCUUUAGAGAGAUCAGCACCCCGUGGUCACAGUUCUACGACAUGUAUGCGGAUUUUCUCAAAUACUUCCCCGGCCCUCACAUGAAAAUCUACUACAUACUGGAAGACAUGAGGAAAUUUAUUGAGAGGAGAGUGAAGCAGAACCAAGCAACGCUGGAUGCCAAUUCCCCCCGGGAUUUUAUUGACUGCUUCCUGAUCCAAAUGGAAAAGGAAAAGCAAAACCCUUCGAGCGAAUUUAACACCAAGAACUUGGAGCUGACCACGCUCAACUUGUUCUUCGCCGGCACGGAGACCGUCAGCUCCACCCUGCGAUACGGGUUCCUGCUCCUGAUGAAACACCCAGAGGUCCUAGGGAAGAUGCACGAGGAGAUCGACCGGGUGAUCGGCCAGAGCCGCGUCCCGGCCAUCGAGGACCGGAGCCAGAUGCCCUACACCGACGCCGUCAUCCAUGAGAUCCAGCGAGUCAGCGACCUGAUCCCCAUGGACGUGCCCCACAUUGUGACCCGGGACACCCAGUUCAGAGGCUACACCAUCCCCCAGGGCACCGAGAUCUACCCCAUGCUCAGCACCGUCCUGCGCGACCCCAGCAAGUUCAAAACCCCCGAAAGCUUCAACCCCGGGAACUUCCUGGAGGAGACGGGGCGGUUCCGGAAAAACGACGCCUUCGUGCCCUUUUCCUCAGGUAAGAGGAUCUGCCUGGGCGAGGCGCUGGCCCGCAUGGAGCUCUUCCUCUUCUUCACCACCAUCCUGCAGAGCUUCACGCUGAAACCCCUGAUGGCCCCGGAGGACAUCGACACCAAGCCACUGGAGAGCGGCUUUGCCAAAAUCCCCCCCUUCUACCAGCUCUGCGUGGUGCCUCGCUGACGGAGACAGGAGACAAGGCCCAGGCAGGGACCCCAGCCUGGCUGAGAAACCACAGGGGCCAGGGGCACGAACAACAGAUCAGGCCUGAUUCUCAGUUACCCCCUCCCUGCGCUUGGUUUAAAGUAGCUUCAAACUCCUGUUACCUAUUACGGACUCUGUGCGGCCCUGGAGUCAGUUACAGCAGCCUCGGGGCUGCUCUAAUUCACGCUAUGGGCCCUGGGGGACACAGAACAGCCCUGCCCCUGCCCUGCCCCCUAUGGGCCCUGGGGGGCAGAGAAUAACCACAGCGCAGUGCUCUCUGGCUGUGUCCUGGAUCUGCCCUCUGCACCCGGGGCUGGGAGCGGUGCGGUGGGAUCAGGGUCCUUGUGCAGUGUGUGUGUGUGGGGGAUCUCCAGGGGCACUGAUGUAACUGCAUUGCUUGGAGCUACGUGAGUGAGAACGACAGCCAGGGCCGGGGUCUCCUUCCGCCCCAGGAGCAGAGAGCUCGUGUGAACACAGACGGGGCUGCGCAAUCCACACGCGGGAGCGAUGUCGUGAACCAGCCUACGCCCGGUGCAGCAGCGCGAGGUGAAGGGACGAAUUCUUCCCUCCACCCAGCGUCGCCUCUCGGGGAGGGGGCUGAAAUCCGCCAACGGGAGACCCCCGCCCGGCGCUGCCGUGUCUCCACCGACGCCUUUCAAGCGGGCCUGGCCGGACACCUUUGGACUGGAGUGCCCCUCGCUGUCAGAACAGCUCCGGGGAUUAUUAGCAGCUGAUGUCAUCCAAACCCAUUAACCUGCUCCUGGACCCCGGGUCGGCUUAGGGAUCAGAGCGCUGCAGAGCCCUGCACUGGGGCUGGAAAGCAGGAAACCCCGUCGUGUGCCCCCCCGCUUGAGAUUUUACCGCAGUUUCCGCUUGCCGAGGCAGACGCUCCUGGCUGGACUCAAUGAGACGUUCCCGCCAUGAGGCUCUCAGCUGUUACUGGACGUGCUCCUGAAAAUGUCCUGGCUUGUGACAGUGACUCUUCCUACGUCCCCCUGGGAAGGGAAGCUGAUUUCACGCUUCCUUAUUUUCUAUCGGGGGGUAGCCGUGUUCGUCUGUAUCUGCAAAAACAACAAGGAGUCGGGUGGCACUUUAAAGACUAACAGAUUGAUUUGGGCCUAAGCUUUCGUGGGUAAAAACCUCUUCUCCUUGUUUUCUAUUCAUUGGGGGUUUUCCCCUCUGCUGCUGGUAACUAGUUCAACAUCGAGCUUAUUAAAGUCCAUACAAACACGA